AUGUCAGUAGCAGGGCCACAACCAACAGUUCAACUACCGUCUGUAAGUACUCCAUUACAGAAUUAUUCAAAGGAUAAGAAAGUAGGUGAAGGUACAUAUGCUGUUGUUUAUCUAGGUAAACAAAUUACAACCAAGAGAAAUAUUGCUAUAAAGGAAAUUAAAACAGGUUUAUUCAAAGAUGGUUUAGAUAUGUCAGCUAUACGAGAAGUUAAAUAUCUUCAAGAAUUAAAACAUCCAAAUGUGAUUGAAUUAGUUGAUGUUUUUUCAACUACAAAUAAUUUAAACUUAGUGCUUGAAUUUUUACCUUGCGAUUUAGAAAUGUUGAUCAAGGAUAAAUCAAUAGUUUUCAAAAGUUCAGAUAUUAAAUCAUGGUUAUUAAUGACAUUAAGAGGUGUACAUCAUUGUCAUAGAAAUUUCAUAUUACAUCGAGAUUUAAAACCUAAUAAUUUAUUAAUUGCUCCUGAUGGACAUUUGAAACUUGCAGAUUUUGGUUUAGCAAGAUCUUUAGGUAAUCCAAAUGAAAAUCUAUCAUCAAACGUUGUUACUAGAUGGUAUAGAGCACCUGAAUUGUUAUUUGGAAGUAGACAUUAUACUGGAGCUAUAGAUAUCUGGUCAGUAGGAAUAAUAUUUGCUGAGUUAAUGUUACGUAUUCCUUAUCUACCAGGUAAAGAUGAUGUUGAUCAAAUUGAUGUUACAUUUAGAGCUUUAGGUACUCCAACUGAACAAAUUUGGCCAAAUGUUUCAAGUUUACCGAUGUAUAAUGCAUUACAUGUUUACCCACCACCAUCAAGACAAGAAUUAAGACAAAGAUUUAGUGCAGCUACAGAAAAGGCAUUGGAUUUAUUAAUAUUAAUGACUCAAUUAGAUCCAAGUAGAAGAUGUGAUUCAACACAAGCUUUAUUACAUGAUUAUUUCACGGAGAGUCCAAGACCAACUGA